AUGAUUAAAAAGGCUAAGGAGAACGGAGACAAUCCUCAACAUACCCAGAUAGAUAUUCCUAAUGGUGGUGUGAAAGCUAUUACAGUCGAAGAAUUAUAUGACAAAGAAAAAUUUGAUUUAUCGACAAUGGAUUCUGGGGAUACAGACGAACAUUUUUAUCCUUUCAGAACGACGCGUGAUGGUCUUAAAAGUGAUGAAGUUGAAGAAAGACUUGAAAAAUUUGGUCAUAAUCGUUUGGAACACAAAGAACCAAAUCCUAUCAUACAAUUUUUAUUAUUUAUGUGGAAUCCAUUAUCAUGGGUUAUGGAAGCAGCUGCUCUAGUUGCUAUCGUAUUAUCGAAUGGGGGAGGGGAGCCGCCUGAUUGGGAAGAUUUUGUUGGCAUUAUUCUUCUUUUACUUGCCAAUUCAAUUAUUGGAUUUGUCGAACAACACAACGCUGGAAAUGCAGUAAAAUCAUUGAUGGACUCAUUAGCACCUGAAGCAAAAGUAAAAAGAGACGGAAAAUGGACUUCGAUCGAUGCAGGUGAUCUUGUACCCGGAGAUAUCAUUAGUGUAAAAUUAGGCGAUAUUAUACCAGCAGAUGGAAGGUUAAUUGCAGCACAUGGUAGUGUAUCUAUUGAUCAAGCAGCGUUGACUGGAGAAUCAUUACCGGUUAGUAAAGAAACUGGUGAUGAAAUCUUCUCUGGUUCAACAUGUAAACAAGGUGAAGCUGAGGCAAUUGUUAUUGGCACUGGAACAAACACAUUUUUUGGACGUGCGGCAAAACUUGUCGGUGGUGCACAUGAUGAAAUCGGCCAUUUACAAACAAUUUUAGCUAAAAUUGGUAAUUUUUGCAUAUGUGGCAUAGCAAUAUUCAUUGUAGCCGAAAUACUUGUCAUGUAUGCCGGUUUUCGAUACAGUUAUCGUCGUGGUAUCAACAAUUUGCUUGUGUUACUCAUCGGAGGAAUACCUAUAGCAAUGCCUACUGUGUUGUCUGUGACGCUUGCUAUUGGUGCUAAACAACUUUCUGAAAAAAAGGCAAUUGUCACACAUGUAACUGCAAUUGAAGAACUAGCCGCUGUCACUAUACUUUGUUCGGAUAAAACUGGUACACUGACACUGAACAAAUUGGUUAUUGAUAAAGAGACAAUUAAGCAAUAUUCGGAUGUCAGUGUAGAGGAUAUCAUUCGAUAUGCGGCAUACGCGUGCCGAACAGACAAUCAAGAUGCUAUUGAUAUAUGUGUAACAACAACAUUGGUUGAUCCAACAAAAACUCGUGAUGGAAUUGAAGAAAUGUUUUUUAAACCAUUCAAUCCCACUGAUAAACGUACGGAAAUCACCUAUAAACUAUUGUCUGAUGGAAGUGUACAUCGUGUUUCAAAAGGCAUGUCGCAUACCAUAUUAGAUUUAUGUAAGCGAGAUAAGACUGAUGCUCAAAUUAAACAAUUAAACGAUGAUGUUGAUGAAUAUGCGAAGAGAGGUUUGAGAGCGUUGGCAGUGGCCAUUGAUGAUGUACCAUCGGGACAAGCGGAUGGUGAAGGUUUGGGAUUUAAAUUGAUUGGACUGUUACCCAUAUAUGAUCCACCAAGGUCGGACACCAAGGAAACAAUAGAACGAGCCAUGCAAUUAGGUGUAAAAGUCAAAAUGAUUACCGGUGAUCAACUGGCCAUUGCAAAAGAAACAGGACGUCGUUUGGGCAUGGGAGAUAACAUGUUUUUAUCAAAAACGUUAAAAGAUGGUCCACCACCAAAAUCACCAUUUAAAGACGUGGAUGAUCUCGUUUUGCAUGCUGAUGGUUUUGCUGGUGUAUAUCCCGAACAUAAAUAUGAAAUUGUUGAACGAUUACAAAACAUGGGCUUUAUAAUCGCCAUGACCGGUGACGGGGUCAAUGAUGCACCAGCUCUAUCAAAAGCAAAUGUUGGUGUGGCUGUUGCGGAUGCGAGCGACGCAGCGAGAUCAGCGGCUGAUAUUGUUUUGACCGAACCAGGUUUAAGUGUUAUUAUUGAUGCCAUACUCGGUUCAAGACAAAUCUUUCAGCGUAUGAGAAAUUAUGCUAUUUAUACGUGUUCUAUUACAAUUCGUAUUCUGGUCGGAUUUUCGAUACUCAUAUUCGCAUUUAAAUAUGACUUUCCAGCAUUUAUGAUUCUUAUCUUAGCAAUAUUAAAUGAUGGUACUAUAAUGACAAUCUCAAAAGAUCAUGUUAACCCAUCACCAUAUCCAAAUAGUUGGAAUUUAUUUGAAAUAUUCACGUAUGCUAUCGUAUAUGGAAUUUAUUUGGCCGCAUCGACCAUUGUCUUCUUUGCUGUUAUUGUUAAGACGGAUUUUUUUCAGCAUAAAUUUCAUGUAAGAUCAUUCCAACAAGACGAACGCGAUGGCAGUUAUAAUGAUCCAAUAUUAAAUUCAAUUGUUUAUCUUCAAGUUUCAACAAUUAGUCAAGCAUUAAUAUUCAUAACACGCUCACGAGGAUUAUUUUUUACUGAACGCCCAUCUAUCAUACUUGUUAGUGCAUGUAUAAUGGCACAAAUGGUGGCCACCUUCAUUGCAGUUUAUGCUAAUUGGUCUUUUACAGAUAUUAAAGGCUCUAUUGUUUGGAUUUGGAAUAUAAUUUGGUUUUUUCCGCUCGAUGCUGUUAAGUUUGCAUUGCGUGCUUAUUUCGAUCCGUUACAAAAACGAGCAAUAGAAGAACUAAGUGAACCAUCGACAGACGAACAACGUCAGAGAAGAAGUAUUAGUUCUGGCCCUCCCUCGAGACGUUCAACAAUGGCGACUGCAGAAGGACAACGACGACGUGAUACACUAGCAUCUGGAAACAAAUAUUAUGCUGCACAUACCCGUGUAUUGUCUACCAAACGCCAUCAUAGAAAUUUUGGUAAAACAUUGAAUUUAGGCGAUGCGUCACGUGUUAAUCUCAAUAAGGAUGAAUUAAGACGAUUCUCGGUAGUCCAGGUAUGUCAGAAAACUUGUUGUUAGCUUUUUGAAAAACUUAUCGUAUCCAGUAAAAAGACUGGCAAUCUGUACCGACUUCAUCACGCACAAGAAAACAUGCAGAAGUGUGCGGAAAUGACUUAAAAAUGAAUGUUCGGUUUAUGCAUGCACUGAUUAAUCGAACAUCGAUUAUUCGAUUUUUAAUAGUUCGGCCGCUACAGUUUUUGGUAGAGAAUUCUUCAAUCGAGACAAAAACUGAUGUGACAAAAUUUUUUCCCUUUUAGGCACUUCAUACAUCGAAACUUCUCAGUGCAGGAUUAAAGAACAGAAGAACGACUACUGUUCUGUAGUAUGUAUUCCCUGUAUCCUCUGUCUUAUGUAUAUUCUAUGUUUGGGUUAUUUAAAGUUUUCCACUUAAUUUUGAUGUGUACUUUUGUUACUGUGUUAUUUUCUACUAGUUGACGCUCUGUUCUGUUUUAAAAUAUUUGCAAUUUUUAUAAUGUAUUAUUGAAUCAAUAAACAAACAACAAAUACGAGAUUAUCCUAUACAAACUCUUAUAAUAAAGUAAACAAAUAAUUGCCUCUUUAUUAUUGUUUACUUUUCCACACAAUUGUAUCAAUAGAGUGAUAAAACUACUCGUUUUACAUUUCAUUGAAAAAGAAUAAUCAUACAAAGUAUUUAUCACAUUAAUAGUAAACGUGUGAAAUCACAAAUGAUGUUUGAACAAUAAUAUUUUUGUAAAAGAGGAAGAGAGCGAAGAUAUAUUCGACAGAAUCAAUAGCAGAUUGCGUGUUCGCUUGAAAAACAUGAGACUGAGAGAUUGAAUCAUACAGUAAAAUGAAGCGUCGUGUUUUUGUCUUCGCUCAUGUUUAAAUUCAGUAAAGUAUGAAUAAUGUAACGUUGUAAGGUUACUAUGGCAUGUGUGAUCACUCGUAUAAAAUGAGAAGAAUUGUUUAAUUAUGUAACUUUCGUAAACGUGUAAUCUUCUGCUCGACUAUACUUUGCUUUCGCGUAACUGUGUACACGUAUUGAACUAUUUUUUCCUUCAUGUAUCAAGCUGAGUAGACAAAAUCUUGCGAGACAUCUUUGUAGAAACUCUCGAAGCCUUUUUUUUCUACUCUCUAUACCAGCAUCGUCAUCUGACAGCACUAAAAAUGUAUAAUAUCCAUGUUGGAGUAUAAUAUAAGCAAGUAUUUAUCUUUUGAAGUUGUGAUAUUUUAUUUGACAUUUAGAAUGACUUUCACAAUACUGUAUUCAAAGUCGUCUACACAAGUUUUUUUUAUGCAUCAGGGAAGUCAAUAAAUAAAGUGAAAAAUGUUCGUUCUACUUAAUUUAUAUUUUUGAAUGAGAUAACUGUUAAGGACCCCCCUCGGAUCACAAACCUAUCUCAGUCUAGGUAGGUCUGAUCUGAACCAAACUUUCAGGGAAUGUUGACCAUGUCAAAGUGUGGUAACGAAGUUUUUUAACGAAGUUACCUAUGUGAAUAAGUUAUCAAAACUAUAGAAUAACUUUUCACCGAAUUACAAUAGACAAAAAAAUAGUAUUUGCAAAAUAGGUAUCUAAAAAUGUCUGAAAAUAACAAUAAGAAGGCUAAG